UAUUGCGAUGGCUGAGGUAGGGGGCUUUCUUGGAUCUCUGGAUUUGGAUUUGCAUGGAUUUUCCUCCUCUCUUGGGAAUGUUGCUUUAGCUGAUUCUCCUGGUUUUCUGAAUGAGAGAUUGGGACAGAUUGAAGGAAGGCUCCAGAGGGGAUCUCCCACUGACUUUGCCCACCUUAAAGGUAUCCUCAGGCGGAGGCAGCUCUACUGCAGGACGGGCUUCCAUCUGGAAAUCUUCCCUAAUGGCACGGUGCAUGGCACCAGGCAGGAUCACAGCAGAUUCGGGAUUUUGGAGUUCAUUAGCCUGGCGGUGGGGCUGGUUAGUAUCCGUGGGGUGGAUUCAGGACUCUACCUCGGAAUGAAUGAGAGAGGCGAGCUGUAUGGGUCGAAGAAACUUACGAGGGAGUGCGUUUUCCGAGAGCAGUUUGAAGAAAACUGGUACAACACCUAUGCCUCGACUCUCUACAAACAUUCCGACUCUGAGAGACAGUAUUAUGUGGCUUUGAACAAGGAUGGCUCACCUCGUGAAGGAUACAGGACUAAGAGACACCAGAAGUUCACUCAUUUUUUACCCAGACCUGUGGACCCUGCUAAAAUACCUGCAAUGUUCAGAGAUCUUUUCCACUAUAGGUGAUAUUUCCUGCAGCUGUCCAAUCAAUGUACAUACUUGGGUUCCCAAGCUUUUUCCUGGAGCACUAUAUUAAUAGUCAUUCCAUCAUUCCUAUAAACUUAGAUAACAUAGAAAAGCACUUACCUUGAAUUCAACACUGCCGUUUAAAGUGUAUAUCAAAGCUGGGUUAUUUGUGGGGGUGGGGGAUAGGGGAUGGGAAGGGAGCCCUCCAUAUAAUCUUUCAUUUUCAUUCACUGUCUUUACCUGGUGGUUAUGAAAGAGGUGGAAUAUUCACAUGCAAUGAUGAUUCAAAACAAAAAACAAACAAACCACAACAACUUGAUUACAGGAAAGAAAAAGACCACAGAACUGAUACAGAUGCUGCUGGUAAGCUUGGAAUGGUUAUGUUUUAAGAAGAUGCCCUUCAAAUGGUACCCUGCUGAAGUGGCCCUGGAAUUUGCGACAUGGAUUAUUAUGGACUGGUCCUGAUGUGUGUGUUUUUUUCCUGCUGUUGAGGGUGGGAGUGAGGGUGGGAAACAUUAUUAAGAUGUAAGCAUGGAUACUGUGCAUAAGGACAAAACUAUUUAUAAAAUGUAUAUGAUAUUUAUUUUAUAUAUUUAUUUAUUUCAAAAUAAUUUUAUUUUUAAUGAGAGAUGUUAUGACCGGAUUUUCAUCAGGAAGAAUAAGGUCCUACUGAAACAGGAAAAAAAGAGUUUUAAGAGCUUAUUGGCAAUAAAAUUGUCUUUAUAUUGUG